GUUUUUCCUAAAAUACGAGCCCCAAUGACAUGUACUAAUGUAUCUGCCCCGCUGGAAGUCCUUGCUAUGGAUUAUACAGUCUUGGAGGAAUCUUUGGGAGGAUAUGAAAAUGUCCUCGUCCUAACUGACAUGUUUACUCGUUUCACGGUAGCAGUGCCAACCAGAAAUCAGACCGCUCAUACCACUGCAAAAGCCCUUGUGCAGCAUUGGUUUGUCCACUACGGCUGUCCUGCACGACUACAUUCCGACCAAGGUCGAUGUUUUGAAGCAAAUGUCAUCAAAGAACUGUGUAAAGUCUAUGGAAUCGGAAAGAGUCGCACUACUCCGUAUCAUCCACAGGGUAACUCCCAGUGCGAAAGAUUUAAUAGAACCAUGCAUGAUAUGCUAAGGACGUUACCCCCGGAAAAGAAAAGGAAUUGGAAACAGUAUCUGCCCGAGUUGGCGAUGGCAUACAAUAGCCGAAUCCACACUUCAACUGGCUAUUCGCCAUUCUAUUUAAUGUUUGGGAGGGAUGCCAGAAUGCCGAUGGAUAUCCUUAAUGGGAGAGACUUGGAGGACAGUAGAGCUGACAAUCUUGAUGAUUGGGUGAAAAACCAUCAUGAUAGAUUAAAGACCGCUGUUGAAGUAGCCAACUCAGCAGCACAGGAAGCUUCAAGGCGAAGAAAAAGAGCUUAUGAUCGGAAAUCGCAUGCCGCACUUAUGAGACCUGGUGACCGUGUUCUGUUACGGAAUCAUUCACAUAGGGGAAGGAAUAAGAUACAAGACCAUUGGGAACCCUUGCCUUACACUGUAGUGAAACAGAAUCACGCAGACACUCCAGUUUACACCAUUCGCCCAGAGAAAGGGGGCCCAUGUAAAGUUGUACAUAGGGAUCAACUCAAGCCUUGCACUUUUCAGUCAUCACUACCACCUUGCACAUCUAGACGUGAAUCUAGAGCACACACAGGUCAGGCACACACUGAUUCAGAAGAUUCUGAUGUUCUUCCAGUCCCUGUUGUUACAUUUGCACCCGCUACACUCACAGACACACAAGGUAGAAGGGCAGGUGGGGAUGAAUCAGAGAUAGGUAUCAGGGACCAUGUCGAUGAAAUGUCAGCUGAUGAUUCAGUAGAACAGUCUGUACUUGAGUCUAUGAGUUCAGGUGGCUCCGAAGCUGAAAGUGAAAAUGAAAGUAUUACUGAACCUAGACGUUCACAGCGUUUGAACAGAGGUACUUUACCCGUUAGGUAUAGGACUGACUAUGUCUUGAAAUAAGCUUAUGUCAACCUGAAGGUUUGUAUGUUUCUUUUAAUAUGAAGGUUUUUCAAUCUUGCUAAUUGAAAGUGUUUAAUUGCUGUACUUGAUGUUUUCUUGUGUGGAAAGAAUAUUUACCUGCUAUUCUCUGUCAUUUAUUUUUCAGGACUGAGUUGCUGAAUGGAAGUCCGGUGGCAUGGCAGGGUUUAGCAGGGGGGAAUGUAGGGGAUUUACAUUUUUCUAAUAGGUGGAGACUUUUAUUUUGAUGUUUGUCGCGGGCGCCGCCAUUUUGUAGGUUUUGACGAGUUGCGCGGAGAGAGCGAGAGAGCGGAGAAGAGCAGCGGUGUGCUGAAAUUGAAUGUUGAUCUCGGGUAGUCAAUCGCGGGAAAAAGUCCCGUUUAGACUCGCGACAUAUAUAAGAGCUGCAUGACGUUGCUUCUGAGUCUUCGUGUAUAUGAACAAGUUUAACGAAAUCGUGUGAAUUAAGGUUCGCUGAGUCAUCGGAUAGGGUCGUGCGUUGUUUGUCUUCUCAUUGUGCCUCCAUCAGCUGGGAUUGCGGCCUCGUUGAAUCAAGCUGCCGUCGUCAGGAUCGCGAGGACAAUCGCUGAGGGUUAGUGAGUGAAGAAACAGUACCCUGCCAUCCAUUGGACAUCUUUCAGCACCUCAUUCAUGAACCAAGAGUGGUGAUAAAAAUUAUUUUCCUCUUUUCCUUCUGAAAACUGGUAAGCAAACUGCCAUUUUCUGUAAGUGAGUCAUCUGAACUGUGAAAUCAUACAGAUAUUUUGAUGGAACUGUGAUCAGUGAAUUUUCCUGCGAAGGGAUUCAUAGUCUUUCUUUUGUGUACAUAACUGAACUUUUUGGGACUGUGAACUCCAUAUAUGGAUAGAGUAUAACUUUUCACCUUUUUUUUCCUGGAUUUUUGAAUUGGAUCUUGGAUUUUUGAGCCGGAUUGAAGUGAACUUCAAAGUGUACUUUGUUUGAAAGGUUGAGUUAACUGUGAAACGUUUUGUUUAAGGUUACUUACAAUAAGUGACACUGAUUCUUACUUUCCUCAGAUUGAACUGUAACUGACACAAAUCUGUUGAUUUUUCAUCUCUAUUAUUUUCCACAUUUCUUUUAUUUCACUUUGAUUUGUUUACACUUGAAAUUAUUUUGUAAACUUUGUGAAAACAAGGAAAACGUAAUCAUUUAAAAUCUUGCAGUACAAAUAAAUGUAAAAUUUGUUUGUUAACUGAAAACUGUUUAUGCUAAUUUUGAGUCACUUAUACUAAGGAGUGGGGGCGUCUUACCUAUCCUGUUAGAUUCAGGGGAGGGCGGGUUUUGCAGUUAACUAGGUUUACCUCCUGAGUUUUCUACAUACACACACUUCAGGUGGCUGCCGUGUAUUGAGUAAAUCCUGAAGCCCACCUCGCUGAUUCUUGAGCAUUACACAUUGCAACACGAUAGACACUACAUACAACUAGUCUAACAGUUGUACAAAGACUAAAAGCAUUGGGUGGGGGGACUAGGAUCCUGUUGCUCACUCAGUCAUCCUUAGUAUAGUGCUGAAUAUUUCCCCCACAAGGCGGUGGCAUAUUCCCCUCCGCCACAU